CCCCGCUUCCUCCCCUUCUCAUCCCAUCCAUUAUCUCCCUCCUUAGCAGCGACAUGUCUUAUCAGCAGCCAUACGGUCAGGGCCCUCCUCAAGGGUACCACUACAACCAGCCUUAUCCUCAGGGUCAAGGACAGUACCCGCAGCAGCCACAGUAUGGUCAGCAUCAGCAUCAACAGUACCCACCGAACCCUUCGUACCAGCCUCAGCGUCAACCUCCACACGCUUAUCAACGCCCACCGGGUCCAGGGGCUUACCCAAUGCCGAAUCAGCAGGAUGCCUUUCCUCCAUACCCUCCGCAGCAGGGAAUGCAUCCUCCUCCGCAGGGAUUCCCGCCACAGCAAGCACAAGGAUAUCCCCCAGGCUACCCACCUCAGCAAUUUCAACCAUUCCCAUCCGGUCCCUACGGCCCAUAUCCUCCCAACCCUAAUUAUGCUCCCCCCCAGCAGCCCUCGAUGCCAUCGCGUCUCUCCCCUGGCUACGAUAGCACCUUCGUCCCUCCAGCCACGGCAAUCACCGAAGCCGACACCCUCCGCAAAGCUAUGAAAGGCUUCGGAACGGACGAAAAGACCCUCAUCCGGGUGCUCGCCGGCACGACCGACCCCAAUCAAAUGGCCAUCAUCCGUCACACUUACCAGACGCGACUAAACCGAUCUCUUGAGAAAGACCUCAAAUCCGAGACCUCGGGUUCCUUCGAAGACAUCCUCGUUUCACUUGCCACUGGUCCAUUGGAUUCGGACAUAACUUAUUUGCAUGAUGCAAUGAGCGGACUCGGCACUGACGAGACCGCCCUCAACGACGUCCUUCUGGGUCGCACCAACGCCGAUCUCAACGCGAUCAAACACGCCUACGCACAGAAAUACCACAAAUCCCUCCUCGAGACGGUCAAGGGUGAGCUCAGUGGUAAAACAGAACGCUUCUUCGAGAUGCUCCUUGAUGCGCGACGCCCGGAAGUAGGAACUCCUUUCGACCGACAGGGCAUCGACAAUGACGUCCGUGAACUCCACCGCGCGACGGUCGGGAAGGCCGGAACGGACGAGAUCUCCGUCUUUGCCAUUUUCCUGAACUCCUCGGAUGAGAGGCUCUCCGUGCUGCAGGGCGAGUUUGAGCGGGUGUAUCAUGUGCGAUUGGACAAGGUGAUUCGGGAUGAGUUCUCGGGACAUCUCGAGGACGCCCUGGUGGGGAUGCUAGCUCGAGCCAGGGAUCCAGUGCUGUAUCACGGGACCGUCUUGAAGGAAUGUUUGUUCGGGGACGGGGUGAAGGAGAAGCGAUUGGUGCAUUGGGUGGUGAGGUUGCAUUGGGCUCCAAUGUAUUUUGAUCGGGUGAAGGCGAUGCUGGGAGGAGAAUUGGGCAAGUGGGUACGGAAUUAUAUCUCUGGUGGAGAUUUCAGGGAUGCUGUUUUGCAGGUUUGCGGGUAUUGAUUUGAUGCUUUUGUAUUUGGUUAUGGUAUAUAGUACCAUCCUUAAUAACGAAUAGUUUAAUAGCGUUGCCAGAU